UUUUCUUUUCUUUUCUUUUCUUUUUAAAUCAUGAUCAUGAUGACACCUUUUACUUCUUCAACAAAUGCACCAACACCUGCAACAAAAGGAAAAAAACCAUAUAAAAGCUGGUUAAAAGAUGGCGUAAAUGGUGGGCCUUCUUCUAUGGAAGUGCUCGUCAACUGGCUUUCCAAAAAAGCAAAUUACGCUAAAUGGAAAGGCGAUGAUUGUGAAAGAAUCCCAAAGAAAUCUUUACUUGAGAGUAUUAUCGAUGAAAUGAGAGAGGUCGGCAUUUAUCACCGCCUUGCAAAAGACGUAGCUUCAAAGAUCUCUACCUUACAGAGUAAUUAUCGUCUUGUUCGUGAAUGGAAAGAAGUAGAAGGCAAGAAAUUGCUUGAAAAUGGUGUUAGCGAAGAAGGCAUUCAUGAGGAACUAGUAAAGCGAUUUCCUUAUUGGGACUCUUUAGAUGAGGUAUUCAAUAGUACCCGUACUUCUUCUUGGCCAAUGUCAAUCAGCAGUAUCAUGCACUCAAAUGAAGAAGACGAUUUAUUUCAUGUUAAACAAGAAGAAUACGCAUUUGAGGAUGAAGAAGACUCGAUUGGUUCUCCUCCUAAAAGAAGACGAAGAUUAAGUGAUAGUACACUACAGCCUACGACACAACGAUCAUCUAUUGAUAAUACAUCUGAUUCAGCUAGUACAACACAUUCAACACAGUCUUUACCUACAAGUAUGUCAGUUACUUCGCCCAUUGUGAUCAAACCAUUGCCUCGAGUACUACCAUCGCCCAUUUCAAAUAGUACAGCAGCCCCGCCUCCACCCACUAUUCCACCUCCCUCAUUAUCCACCAAUCAUAAAAACUUUUCUACUAUUCCCUCACCAUCUCCACCACCAUCAUCAUAUUAUCAUUAUCUUCCACAUCCCUAUACGACUGAACCUCAUCGUCGUGACCAUGUUUUGGCUGAAUCUUUACUUCAAAUGACACGCGAGAAAGAAGCAGGUCGAAUGAAACGAUCUCAAGAUAUGCUCCAGUUUCUAAGAGAAAAACGAAUGGAACGUGAGCAACUCUUGAUCGAAAAAGAACUAACAAAACGAGUCAAGGCCAAAGCAGAGCUCGUAAAGAAUCUCAUGGAAGCAGGUUUUGAUAAGAAUGCGAUUGCUGAGCAACUCAAUAUGUUAUAAUUAUUUUAUUUUUUUCUUUUAUUUAUUUCACUCCUUUUUUUUUUCAUUCUAUGCAAACAUCCGCUUCUUUUUUCUUUCUUCUUAAUAACUAUUAAUUACUGCUGCCCUUAUGUACAAAAUAUAUAAAUAUAUAUAUACUCUUCAUCAUGUCAAAAUAAAAAAGAUUUCUUGUCCCCU